UCUCUGUGCGCAUGUGAUGUGCCAACAUUCCCAAACACGUUCUCACCUUAUUCUUUAGAUCUCCGUCAACCUUUGCUGCCACCUUUGCAAUUUCACCAUUUACCCUCAUUUAUAUGCUCAUUCCUCCAACAAAAUCUGCCCAUCUCACUUACUGCAUUUCUUUCUUCCUUUUUUCUUUGCCCCCAUUUUUUUCUCUUUUGGUUUGCUCACUCAGCUUUUCCUUUUUUCAGUACAUACUCUCUCGUCCCUAAAAACUCAUUCCUAAUACUAUUCAAGAUUAGACCAAUUAAUCAUUUUCCAGCCUUUAGACUUAAUAAAUUCAAAAUAGCCACCAAUAGAACUUCUGGUCUUUUUUUUUUUUGGUAAACAAACUUGUGUUGCAAGAUUUACUGGCCUGCUCUUCUCUUUUCAGCAAAACCCUACUGUUUAAAAAGCUCCAGUCUUUGGUUUGAAAAGGGUAAAAAGUUUGGAGCUUGGUUCCUAUUUUGCUGUUAAAAUUGCUUGUUUUAGAUCCUGGGUUUUGGAAAAAGAUAUCAUUUUGAUGAUCUUUUCCUGUAAAUUUUGAUGUUAGAUUGUUGAUUAGAUUUGGUUUGAUAAAAUUAAAAUCCCUAGAAGGGAAUCUUUGAUGGUUAAUUGAUGCAAUCCAGAGUUGUUGAAAUGGAGGAGAAUAAAGAUCCAUUAGUAGUUGUAGGUAGAACUAACCACCAAACUAGGGCUUUGCCACAGAGGCUGCUACAGUUACUGAUGCUGUUUUUGUUUUUGUGUUUUACCUUUUCUGUGGCUAGUAUUUAUAUGAUUAAGUACUUUGGAUUUCAUAGUAUAGUUCCUUCAGUAAAGCCUAGUUUACAGCCAUGUAUUGAGGAAGAAUCAAGUAAAUUAGAGCGUUGGAUUAGUCCUCCGUCUAAUUUGAUGCAUACUAUGUCUGAUAAAGAGUUGUUAUGGAGGGCUUCUAUGGUUCCGCGAAUUAAGAAGUAUCCAUUUAAGAGGGUUCCCAAGAUUGCAUUCAUGUUCUUGACUAAAGGGCCAUUGCCGUUGGCACCUAUUUGGGAGAGGUUUUUUAAGGGGAAUCAAGGACGUUAUUCAAUUUACAUUCAUUCAUUGCCCUCAUUUAAGGCUGAUUUCCCGUCCUCAUCGGUGUUCUACAAGCGGCAAAUUCCCAGUCAGGUGACAGAAUGGGGAAAGAUGAGUAUGUGUGAUGCGGAGAGAAGACUCAUUGCGAAUGCAUUGCUUGACAUCUCCAAUGAAUGGUUUGUUCUGCUUUCCGAGUCGUGCAUUCCCCUCUACAAUUUCAAUGUCAUCUACAAGUACAUAAGUCAGUCGAAGCAUAGCUUUAUUGGUGCAUUUGAUGAUCCUGGACCAUAUGGAAGAGGUCGAUAUGAUGAGAAUAUGUUACCUGAGGUUAACAUUACUGACUGGCGCAAAGGAUCACAGUGGUUUGAAAUCAAUAGGAAGCUUGCUCUUUACAUAGUUGAGGACACAAAAUUCUACCCCAAGUUUGCGGAGUUCUGCAAGCCAGCAUGUUACGUAGACGAGCACUACUUCCCGACUAUGCUGACUAUUCAAGCAUCAAAUCUGUUGGCAAACAGAAGUAUAACAUGGGUUGAUUGGUCGAGGGGCGGGCCGCACCCUGCUACAUUUGGAAAAUCAGAUAUCACCGAAGAGUUUAUGAAGAGAAUGUUGGCAGGGCGUAACUGUACUUAUAACGAGCGAAAUAUAUCAACGUGCUUUCUUUUUGCGAGGAAGUUUGCACCAAGUGCUUUGGAACCUCUGUUUCUGCUAGCCCCAAAAUACUUAGGUUUCUAGAUUUUGUAGAAAUCUAUUUUUGUUGUAUAAUUAGAAAGAUUAUACAGUUAAGACAGGGCUCUUCAGAAUUUCUUGGAUCAUUGCAUAUUUUUUUUGCCCGCGUGUUGAUAUUGUUGUUGGACUGCUUUACUGAUACUGUUUUUUAGCCACUUCCAACCUUGAAGCC